UUAUCUCACUUGUGAGAGAGAGAGAUGGGAGAGGUGAAACACAUUCUUCUAGCGAAGUUCAAGGAUGGAAUCUCGGAAGAAAAAAUCGAAGAUCUGAUCAAAGGUUAUGCAAAUCUUGUGAAUAAAGUCGAACCCAUGAAGUCCUUUCGAUGGGGAAAAGAUGUGAGCAUUGAGAACCUGCACCAAGGGUUCACCCAUGUGUUCGAGUCAAGCUUCGAAACAACAGAAGGCAUUGCAACUUAUAUAUCUCACCCAGCCCAUGUCGAGUUUGCCGAUGAUUUUCUUGCUCACCUGGAUAAAGUCAUCAUCAUCGAUUACAAACCUACAGCAGUCCUCCCAUCUACUUCUUAACUGCAACAAUUGCUAUUCAUGAUACACUUAUCAUAAAUCACCAUCUUUAUUACAAAAUAAAAUAGAAAAGCCUAACUGAUCUGUAUUCAAAAUCCUUUGAUUAUGUUUGUUAUGUUCGGUUAAAUAGUUCGGUUUCUUUUAAUUAUGAAUGAAAUUAGAUUGUCAA